AUUCAUAAUUAAGCUCAUGUCACAUAAUCAAGAUUUCAAUUGCUAAUGGCUUUUGUUAAUCAAGCCGAUAAACAUUUUAACGUGGUUUCUAUUUAUUAGUUAAUUUUGUGCGGUUCGUCAACAUGUUAAGUGUCACGCUUAUCUUGCUACUGUUUGAGUUAACAUUUGCUAAAAUUGGUUUCGGACCCGGAGAACAAGACUGGGGUUACGCAAAUGUAAGAGAAAAAGGGCAUAUAUUUUGGUGGUUAUACUACACCACUGCAAAUGUGAGUCAUCCAACAGAAAGACCCUUAAUAAUUUGGUUACAGGGAGGACCUGGAGGGUCAUCCACAGCAAUAGGAAAUUUUGUAGAAAUAGGUCCUCUGGAUGAAGACUUGAAUGUGAGAAAUACAACAUGGGUUCAGCAUGCUAAUGUGUUGUUCGUUGAUAAUCCCGUUGGAACAGGUUUUAGCUAUGUAGACGAUGGUGGUGUAUAUGCUCAAAAUAAUUCUGAAAUUGCAAGGGACUUUUUGGAUUUUCUAAUACAAUUUUAUGAUAAACUACCAAAUUUUAGAACAGUUCCCAUGUAUAUAUUUGGCGAAUCUUAUGGAGGAAAAAUGACCGUGGAAAUCGCUGUAGAAUUAGAUAAAGCAAUUAAAGAAAAGCAGAUCAAAGCAAACUUUAAAGGAAUCGGAUUAGGAGACUCGUGGAUUGCACCUAUGGAUUAUAUUUUUACGUGGGCUCCAUACUUAUUUAACUUGGGACUACUAGACGAGAAAGGCUUUGAACAGAUUAAUAGUAUAGCCCUAAAAGCUCAGAAAAGUUACGAAAAAGGGGACUAUAAUAUGUCAACAGUCUACUGGGCACUAACUGAAGUUCAAAUAGUAAACGAGACGGCCAAUGUUGACUUUUACAAUAUUCUUAAUAAGAUUCAUACGGAUCCUAAUUUUGUUAAUAAAGAUUUAGAUUACAGCUAUCUUAAUAAAAUACUGGCUAAGGUAAAAAAUGCUUUAAAACUUAAAUCAGAAGGAGUCGCAGAGUCAGAUAAAGUGUUUGAAGCUCUGUAUACGGAUUUCAUGAAACCCGUUACCCAUUUGGUGGAGACGCUCUUAAAUUCAACAAAUAUUACUGUUACUGUUUACAAUGGACAAUUGGAUUUAAUUACUGAUACACCGGGAACUUUAAAAUGGAUUAACCAUAUUUCUUUCAAAGAUAAAAACUUGUGGCAACAAUCAGAAAGAAAACCAUUUGUUGUAAAUGGCAUUAUAGAAGGUUUCGUUAAAAAAUACCAAAACUUUGGCUUCUACUGGGUUCAUAGAGCUGGUCAUAUGGUACAAAAAGACAAUCCAUCUGCCAUGCACUACAUACUCGAGUGUGUCACAAACAAUUUUACCGUUUAGUCUGUUUGUAAAAUAAUUGUUGAGAAAAAUAAUAUGCACAAAAUUUUUAAAUGAAACCAGACAAAAUAUAAAUUAUUUACAAAA